CGCCAAUAAACACGAAAGAAGAAGAAGAAUGUGCUAUUCGAAGCAUUGCCAGAUGUGAACAUGCCUCGCACUAAAGAGCUCUCAGAAGACCUACGAUUAAGAAUUGUUGACUUGCAUAAAGCUGGAAAGGGUUACAAAAGUAUCUCUGAAAGCCUUGAUGUCCAUCAGUCCACGGUGAGACAGAUUGUCUAUAAAUGGAGAAAGUUCAGCACUGUUGCUACUCUCCCUAGGAGUGGCCGUCCUGUGAAGAUGACUGCAAGAGCACAGCGCAGGAUGCUCAAUGAGGUGAAGAAGAAUCCUAGAGUGUCAGCUCGAGACUUAAAGACAUCUCUGGCACAUGCUAACAUCUCUGUUGACGAAUCUACGAUACGUAAAACACUGAACAAGAAUGGAGUUCAUGGGAGGACACCACGGAGGACACCACGGAGGAAGCCACUGCUGUCCAGAAACAACAUUGCUGCACGUUUGAAGUUUGCAAAAGAGCACCUGGAUGUUCUGUGGACAGAUGAAACCAAAGUGUCGCAGGCGGCUGCGGAGCUGCAACAGUUUUGUCUGCAGAACGCAUCUAAAGACGCGCUUCUGGUCGGGGUCCCCACGGGGAGCAACCCCUUCAGAGAGCCUCGAUCCUGCGCCGUGGUGUGAAGACAACUCAGGGAGGACGAGGAACUUGCAGAAGAGGAUACUUUUGUUUUGUUUGUUACAUUUAUGAAGAAAAACUAUUAAUUGUUCAAAUAAAUGUCUUGUUUUAUUUCAU